AGACGUUCGGGUAAGGCGAGUCGCGAGUUUUCGCAUAACAAGACGCGCGUCCACGACGGCGGCACCUAAAUAGUCUCGAAAUAAUAAUAACGAUAUUUGCAUUAUUUUCCGGACGUAUCGCGUUUCCGGCGUACAGUACGCCCGCCCGCCCGAUUUCGCGUGUCAAACAUAAUAUUUUAUUCUACGGACCGGAAGUCUGUGACGCCGCCGCCGCCAUGGAAAACAUGAACUGGGUAGCGGAAUACGCAGCGUUCGUCAUCAUGCUCGGGCUGUCCGUAGUCAUCGGCCUGUACUAUGGGUGCUUUUCCAAACAGAACACCGUCUCCGAUUAUCUGUUGGGCGGCAAACACAUGUCCGUCUUUCCGAUCACCAUGUCGCUGAUCGCUAGUCACAUUUCUGGUAUAACGCUGCUCGGAGUCCCAUCUGAGAUCUAUAGUAAUGGAACACAAUACUUAAUUGUCGGCGUGGUUAACAAUAUAAUUGUCAUCAUGAUGGUUAUAUACAUUUAUUUACCCGUUUUUUACGAUCUUCAGUUGACAUCAGUGUAUGAGUAUUUAGGUUUACGAUUCAAUUCCAACAUUCGUGGAUUUUCGUCACUCAUGUUCGCCAUCAAUUUAAUACUGUACAUCCCUGUUGUGAUUUACAUACCCGCAUUAGCGUUCAAUCAAGUUACAGGGCUCGAUGUACAUUUAAUAACCGUGAUCAUUUGCGUCAUUUGUAUAUUUUAUACUACCAUCGGCGGGCUGAAGGCAGUAGUGUGGACAGAUGCGAUUCAAAGUAUUUUUACAGCGGUUUCAAUCAUAAUUGUGAUCAUCUUAGGAGUUAUACAAAUCGGUGGGAUCGGAAACAUGAUCAGAGCCAACCAAGAAGGGGACCGAAUAGAAUUUUUUAAGAUGAACCCAGAUCCGUUUUUGAGACAUACUUUUUGGACCGUCACCAUAGGCACGACGUUUCAAUGGCUCACAUCACUGGGCAUUCAUCCAGGAGCCGUUCAACGUUUCGUAGCAUUACCCACGUAUGGAAAGGCUCGUAAAGCUGCGAUUUUCUUUGUUUUUGGUAUGGGCGUCGUUAAAAUCAUGACCGGCGCUAUAGGAAUGUUGAUCUACGCCAAAUACAAAGACUGCGAUCCCAUAUUGGCUAAUCACAUAGACAACGAUAGAAAAUUAGUGCCGUACUAUGUGAUGGACGUGGCUGCGAAAUUUCCAGGAAUCACCGGUCUAUUCGUUUCCGGCAUUGUUAGUGCUGCCUUGAGUACGAUGUCAGCGCAGAUCAACACUGUAUCAGGCACCAUUUACGAAGAUUUUAUAGUGAAAAUGAUGGGCAUAAAAGUGUCAGAUUUGACGGCCAGCAUUAUAAUGAAGAGCAUUGCGGUGAUCAGCGGUUUCAUAUGUGUGAUUUUGGUAUUUGUGGUCGAAAAAUUGAAUGGAAUUCUUCAAAUGGCAAUUAGUCUAGCCAGUGUGACGAACGGAGCAUUAUUGGCUGUAUUCACGUUAGGAGUUUGUUUUCCAUGGGCAAACUCCAGAGGAGCGAUGUGGGGGAUGUUGACGAGUUUAGCUGUCAUGACUUGGAUAGUGUCCGGAGCUCAAUAUGCCAUAUACAACAAGGAAUUGAAGUUUGUCGAAAAGGCCGUUUCGAUAUCCGGAUGUCCUGCCAACACAACGUUUAAUAAUCAUACCGAUUUUUCGGGGUUAAACCGGUUGAACGAAGACGUGUAUGCGAGUCCAGACGUGUUGUUAAUUUAUACGAUUUCAUACAUGCACUACAGUACCAUUGGUACUCUGGUCGGGAUCAUUGUCGGACUUGCCGUCAGCCUGUUAUUCCCCGAGGAGCAGAAUGUAGACCCCAAACUGCUGACGCCCUUUAUACGGAAUUUUGUGCAUCCCAAGUACAUGACUGAGACUGUACAAAACGGUCGGACCACCCACAACAAAACCGAAACGUACGAACUGGUGUCUCAGGACACCAAACUGUGAUGAUUAUAGUUGAUCGCGUGACGUGGCUGGAUAACGACCGUAUUGAUUCCAUUUGACUCGAAAAGUGUUUUAUCUUUAAAAAUAUACUGAAAAUAAUAACAAA